CACCAGGAACACAGGCCAACUUUCCCCUGAGGGCUUCAGGAUGGACCUGUGCCACCCAGACCCGGUGGAGCUGAGCAGCGGGGAGACCGAGGAGCUGCAGCGGAUCAAAUGGCACCGGAAGCAGCUUCUGGAUGACAUCCAGAAACUGAAGGACGAGAUCGCAGAUGUCUUUGCCCAAAUUGACUGCUUCGAGAUUGCGGAGGAGAGCCGGAUGGCCCAGAAGGAAAGGGAACUGUGCAUCGGGCGCAAGAAGUUCAACAUGGACCCCACAAAGGGCAUCCAAUAUCUCAUCGAGCACAAGCUGCUGACCUCCAACGUCCAGGACAUCGCCCAGUUCCUGUACAAGGGAGAGGGCCUCAACAAGACAGCUAUUGGCACCUACUUGGGGGAGAGGGACCCCUUCAACCUGCAGGUCCUCCAGGCCUUUGUGGACUGCCACGAGUUCGCCAACCUCAACCUCGUCCAGGCCCUCAGGCAGUUUCUGUGGAGCUUCCGGCUGCCAGGAGAGGCCCAGAAGAUCGACCGGAUGAUGGAGACCUUUGCCACUCGAUAUUGCCUCUGCAACCCAGGCAUCUUCCAGUCCACAGACACUUGCUACGUCCUGUCCUUCUCCAUCAUCAUGCUCAACACCAGCCUCCACAAUCCCAACGUCCGGGACAGGCCACCUUUCGAGCGCUUUGUGUCCAUGAACCGUGGCAUCAAUGACGGCGGCGAUCUGCCCGAGGAGCAGCUUCGGAACCUCUUCGAUAGCAUCAAGAGCGAGCCCUUCUCCAUCCCCGAGGACGAUGGCAGCGACCUCACUCACACCUUCUUCAACCCGGACCGGGAGGGCUGGCUGCUCAAGCUGGGGGGCCGCGUGAAGACGUGGAAACGGCGCUGGUUCAUCCUGACCGACAAUUGCCUCUACUACUUCGAGUUCACCACUGACAAGGAGCCACGAGGAAUCAUACCCCUUGAGAACCUCUCAGUGCAGAAGGUGGACGACCCCAAGAAGCCAUUCUGCCUGGAACUCUACAACCCCAGCAGCCGGGGCCAGAAGAUAAAGGCCUGCAAGACGGACGGCGACGGGAAAGUGGUGGAGGGCAAGCACGAGUCAUACCGGAUCUCGGCCACCAGCGCCGAGGAGCGCGACCAGUGGAUCCAGGCCAUCCGAGCCAGCAUCACCCGCGUCCCCUUCUAUGACCUGGUCUCUGCUCGGAAAAAGAAGAUUGCCAGCAAGCAGUGA